AUGGAGCGAUCCGCGGGGAAACUGAAUCUGGGCUUCCAGGUGCAGGAGGAGGACACAGGGGAGCCGCCCAGCUGCGGGCAGAUGCCACAGGGACCUCCUGGCUGGGAGCGGGUUCUGCACGGAGCCCAAGUCCCGGGUCGGAGGGUCGCCCGGAGGACUCUUCAGAGAACCCGGAAGGAGGCGGAGAUGAAUCAAGCCUGCAACGUUGUCAAUCAGGGCCUGAAGGAGGUCCGUCCAAUCAGGGCGCGAGGGAUUGAGCCUCAUCCAAUCAGAGCCGGGGGCGGACGCAUCCCCUCCUGCGGGGACGUCGCUCUCCGCCUCCUGGGCGUCCAGCGCGCCUCAUGGGGUCCAGGUGACCCGUCGCUGUCCCUCUCACCUGCGCGGGCGGUCGGGCCGCAGGGCCGCGGAGAGGACGCCGUGAGAACCGAGAGCGGGGCUGAGAUGGACUCGGUGGUCUUUGAGGACGUGGCUGUGAACUUCACUGCGGAGGAGUGGGCUUUGCUGGACCCGGCUCAGAGGAAGCUCUACAGAGACGUGAUGCUGGAGACCUUCAGGAACCUGGCCUCCGUGGAUACUGAAACCCCCACUAGGUGGAUGGAGUUAACUGCACGAUGCCCACAAGCACGUAGACCCCAGACCAAUUGGAACCAGAAGGUUUAUGAUGUUGAUGCCUGAUUACCUCACCACCAACCAAUCAGAAGAACGUCCACCAGCUGAUCACGCACACACAACCCCCUCUCUCACCCCAUCUUUAAAACCUUUUCCCUGAAAACUACUGGGGAGUGAGUCUGGGGCUUUUGAGCACUAGCUGCCUGGACUCCUGGCUUGGCGCCUGCAAUAAACAUUCCCCUUUCCUUCACCACAACCCGGGUCAGUAAACUGGCUUUACUGGCCGCACGUGAGCAGACCCAGUUUGGUUCGGUAACAUCCCCUUUAUCCUGCAAUACUUCAGUGGCUGCUCCGAAACAGCCAACUAGGAGGUUUUGCUAGUGAAAGGGCGCCCUCUUGUGGUCACU